AUGGAUGCCGACCAGUUUCAACAGUUUAUGGCGAAACAAAAUGAGCUGGUGACGAAGCUGGUUGCUGGCCUACAACAGCGUGCUGUGCCGGCGUCGAACAUCAGUUCCGUGGUUCCGCCACCACCGGCUCUCUGUCUUGACGGAGACAUGGAGGAGAACUACGAGUUUUUCCUAACCAACUGGAGAAACUACUCACAAGCCGUGGGCAUGGACAGUUGGCCGGCGAAUCAGGCCUCAAAAAAGGUCAGUUUUCUGAUGUCCGUCAUCGGAGAAGCUGCGCUCAAAAAGUAUUACAACUUCGACCUGACAGAGGAUCAAAAGAAAGACGUCGCCGAGGCCCUGAAGGCUAUCAAGCAGAAGGUCGUGCGCAGCCCCCGGCUGAAAAGUUUGGCGAAACCGUGCAAAUUUGCACUCUUGGAGGACGAGUUUAUCUUGUUCAAAAUAGUGACCAGCAACAAGUGGGGCCACCUGCGGACCAAAAUGUUGAGCAUGCAGGAUCUCACAACGGGAAAAGCAGUGGAUAUCUGCCGCGUGGAAGAGAUUGCAGAGCAACGUUUGCGGCACCUCUCCUUGGAGUCGCCGGUGGUCAGUGAUGUGAAGAAGAUUAACAAGAAGACCAAGAAGAAGCUGCAGCGGUGUAAGUUCUGUGGAGAUGAGCACGAGUUUGUGAAGGGAGCGUGUCCAGCAUACGGCAAGAAAUGCAAGCGUUGCGGCGGCCGCAACCACUUUGAGAAGGCGUGUAAAAUCGAUCAACCCUGGAAGCAGAAGCGACGCCACCGUCGUGUCAAGGAGGUGAAGGACGACGAGAGCAGUUCCGAGGAACGCUCUGAAUCCAGCAGUGUGGACAGCGACGACGAAGAAAGUGAGCACGAAGUGCAGAUUGCCAAAAUCAAGUCCAAGUCAGCUGUGGAGAGUAGUGCUUUGGCGGUUCUGGAUUUCAAGCUAGGCCGGAAGUGGAAACCAGUUACGUGCGAGAUCGACACGGGUGCGGAUGCCACAUUGAUCGGGUAUAACUGUUUGACUGAGCUUCUUGAAACUCCGAACCCGACACUGCAACCAACAAGCAUCAAGCUGAAGUCUUUCGGUGGCAACCCGAUACCAGUGUUGGGACAGGUUAUGCUACCUGUAAAACGAAAAGGCAAGCGGUUCCAGCUCGUCCUGCAAGUCGUUGACUAUGACCACCGCCCGCUCUUGUCGCUUAAGGCUUCACAGUCGCUGGGCUUUGUGAAGUUCUGCCGAUCGGUGAAGAUACGCCGACCAGAAGCAGCCACAGAAGAGGAGAAGCUGCUCAGUGUCUACAAGGUGAAAGCCGAAGCAAUCGUCGAGAAACACAGUGACAUCUUCGCUGGCUACGGCCGGUUUCCCGGAGUGGUUUCCUGGAAGUGGACGAAAGAGUUGGACAAACUGGAAGAGGACGGCAUUAUAGUGAAGGAAACGCGACACACCGAGUGGGUUAGCAACAUUGUGUUAGUCCGCCGUGGCGGCCAGAACGAGUCCGUUCGGAUUUGUCUCGAUCCUGUCCCGCUCAACAAAGCGCUGAAGCGGCCCAAUUUGCAGUUUGACACGAUUGACGAGUUGCUUCCCGAGUUGGGCAACGCCAAGAUUUUCACAACUGUGGACACGAAAAAAGGAUUUUGGCACGUGGAACUGGACACCCCCAGCAGCAAGCUGACCACCUUCUGGACACCAUUCGGUCGAUACCGCUGGGUCAGGAUGCCGUUUGGUAUUUCUCCAGCACCUGAACUGUUCCAGCUGAAGCUGCAAGGUGCGAUACAAGGACUGGAAGGAGUGACCGGGUUAGCGGAUGACUUGCUGGUGUACGGCACCGGAGCGGAUCUGGAGGAAGCUUUGGACAACCACAAUCGGGCUCUAGAACAACUGUUGGUGCGGCUCAAAGAGAACAACGUGAAACUCAACCGGUCCAAGCUCAAGUUGUGUCAGACAUCGGUGAAGUUCUUUGGACACGUGCUGACAACGAAGGGACUAACAGCAGACGAAACCAAGACAGCCGCAAUCCGCAACUUUCCCACACCAACCAACAAGAAGGAGCUCCUGCGAUUUGUCGGCAUGGUCAACUAUUUGAGCCGGUACAUCCGGAACCUAAGCGCUCAUUUUGUCAACCUGCGGAAACUGAUCGCCGAAAAGGAAAGCUGGCGCUGGACUGCUGCUGAGGACGAGGAGUUCCAGAAACCCCUGGUAAUCGAGUGUGACGCGAGUGGUUUCGGUCUGGGCGUUGCAGUGUUUCAACAAGACGGUGUGAUCGGUUACGCGUCCAGAACCCUCACUGCGACGGAGAAGAACUAUGCCCAGAUAGAGAAGGAGCUGUUGGCGAUCUUGUUUGCUUGCCUCAGAUUCGAUCAACUAAUUGUUGGCAACCCGAAGACCAUUAUCAAAACCGACCACAAACCGCUGGUGAACAUCUUCCGGAAGCCGUUGUUGUCGGCCCCACGACGCUUGCAACAUAUGCUGUUGAACCUGCAACGAUACAAGCCGGAGAUUAUGUUCGUGGCCGGCAAAGAAAACGUCGUCGCUGAUGCCAUUUCGCGAGCCCCUUACGACGACGAUCACGCUCAAGCUGGAGAUUACCAGAAGCUGGAGAUAUUCAAGGUGAUGCGCGACCUGGAAGACGUUAAGCUGAAGCACUUCUUGAACAUCUCAGAUGAUCGUCUGACGGAGAUCAUGGCGGAGACGGCGGCGGAUCCAGUGUUGCAGCUGGUGAUCCGGUUGAUUGGUGAAGGUUGGCCAGAGACCAUCGGUGGUGUACCGGACAGCGUCCGCGUUUUCUUCAGCUACAGAAACGAACUUACCACCCAGGAUGGAUUAGUGUUCCGUAACGACAGAAUACUGAUUCCCCACAAGCUGCGGCGCAAAAUGAUCGAGAAGACUCACAUCAGCCACAAUGGUGUUGAGGCGACCUUGAAGCUGGCACGUGCGAAUAUUUUUUGGCCUGGGAUGAGCGCACAAAUUCGAGACACAGUCAAGGAGUGUGCCGUCUGCGCCAAAUUCGCCGGUUCGCAGUCCAAGCCCCCGAUGCCGAGUCACCCGGUUCCAGUUCACCCGUUUCAACUGGUGUCGCUUGAUGUGUUCUUCGCUGAGUACCGAGGUAUUAAGCGGAAGUUUUUGGUGACGGUUGAUCACUAUUCCGAUCUGUUCGAGAUUGAUCUGCUGAAGGAUCUCACUCCACAAUCCGCCAUCGCGGCUUGCAAGAUCAACUUCGCGCGGCAUGGCGUUCCCCAGCUCUUGCUGACAGAUAACGGAACGCACUUCGUGGGAAAAGAGUGGCGACAAUUUGCGGGAGAAUGGGACUUCAGUCACACCACUUCAGCGCCACACCAUCAACAAGCGAAUGGCAAAUCGGAGGCAGCGGUUAAAAUCGCUAAACAGUUGAUCAAGAAGUGUGAAGAAUCCGGCACGGAUUUUUGGUACGCUCUCCUGCAUUGGCGUAACGUACCAAACAAGAUCGGAUCGAGUCCUGCAGCUCGCUUAUUCUCUCGUCAAACACGAUGUGGUGUCCCAACUGCUGCUGGCAACUUACUUCCGCGAGUGGUCGAGGGAGUUCCGGAUGCUAUCAAGGAAAACAGGAGGAAGAUAAAGUAUUAUUACGAUAGAAAGUGUCGUAAUCUGCCGCAGCUGGAAACCGGUGCACCAGUGUACGUCCAAGUCCAUCCACAGAAGUCUACGGUGUGGUCACCCGGAACAGUCGCCGCCAAGCAAACUGACCGAUCGUAUCUCGUGGAUGUGGACGGGGCAUUCUAUCGACGGGAUUUGGUUAACCUAAAGUCACGCAAAGAACCGAACACGCAGCCUGCCGUCAACCAUCCCGUUCUACAGGACAAUCCGUUGCCGUCUGGUCCGAAUCCAGAUGUAGCAGUGGCCGAGAAACCAGCGGAGUUUCCGUGGACCGAUUCACCGAGCACCCCGAUCACCAAAUCUUCGAAGCCGAACAAACGAUUGUCUUCGCUGUCAUCGACACCGCAGCCGAAGGAAAAAGCAUCGCCUACCGAGACGGUUACACUGGAGAGAUCGCGCCCCAAACGAGAAGUGAAGCUGCCGACUAAAUUACACGAUUAUUGUCUGGAAUAA